CAUUAGUAGUCUGCGCAUCUGCCAGGCGCAGCAGGUUAAUUUUGUUUUAAAAAAGGCCCAGUUGUACAAGACGGGCCAGACCAAAGAAGCCAACUGGACUGAUUUCUGAACCACCCAGUUACCCAUCAGCAGAUACCCCUGAUCUGUACUCAUACUCCACUCAAGCCUGGCCCCCAAAAUCCUUAUGUGAGGUGGAGGCCUCGUUUUGUCGGGUUUUUUUUUGGAGCACAUACCCUUUCUGUAUUUCCAUGAUGCUGUCACCGAAUGGGUUCGACUUGCUCUUGCUUUUGGGCUUUGAUUCCAUAAGAUACGACUUUCAUAAUACCUGGGCAAGUGGGGAAUCUGGCAUUGGACCACGACCCUGCCAUCUCUUUCUUUGCAGCAACACGAUACCACCCUGGUCACAGUGCCAGAAUCACGUUUCUUUGCUUUGUUUGCGUCUGUUUCCUUUGUUUUCUGGCAACGUUAUAGACUUGGGGGAAGGCCCCGACGGAACUGUGAUGAUCACUGGUCUUCUCCAUAGCCCGAGGCAACGGGCGAGGACCAUGGAGUUUUCGAGAUUUCUCGCCGAAACCCAAACCAAAAACAGUUAUGGUGGACACCGAUCAGGGUCCGCGAGGAACAGGAAAGGGACAAAAAAUACAGGACAGGUCUCCAGAGACUAUACGUGUGCCACUUCUUUUCUUUCCUGUAGCUGUAUCAUUAGAGAUGUACGGAGCUGCUUACUACUUUUUAAUUGUCAAUUAUUUAAGACGUGUAUGCAUGUCAUGAAGUUUCAGGCAUGUUCGGAGCACCUUUGCAUAUUCCUCGAACAAAAGACAUCGUAUACUACUCCAACCAAACAACACUGGAUAAUCUGGCAUUUGAUGGUUCUUCUAGGACACCGUUUCCUGUGUAUCUACGUAUGCGUACGAAUAUUGUUUCGUAUGACAAGACACCGGCAUGUUAGUUUGGAUCUCUGGUAAAUCCCGUUCCCUAGGUCUUUGCGGGUCUACCGAUGCACGAGCGGAUCGUGGUUACCGUUCAUAUGUUAAGAUCUGAUGCCGUUUUUAGGUGGCGGUGGUGGAGAGGAUGAUGGAGGGAUCCUUUUGGCAAGUUAAUAGGGGAGGUGGCAGCUCCAUUGCCCGGUGCUUCCGCAUAAGUUAAAUUCUUGGGUUACUAUCUGUAACUCUGGUAGACCUAUUCUCGUUCCGUUCGACCUUCCCCUACACUACCUAGCAAGCAGGGUGUGUGUAUAGAAUAGAGCAUAGGCAUGUGUGUAUAUAUAGAGCUUCAAAGGUAAAUAGGCACUCUCAAGAUAGCUACACCGAGAGUCCACGGAGAGAGAAGCCAUGCAUAGGUG